AUGCCUCGACUGCCGAUCAUAAUACUCCUCAACGGUCAGCUUCCACCCAGGAUCAUUGUGCGAGUGCGGCACCACGAACACCUUCAGUUUCUCCUCAUCCCACUCAUUCCCCUUGUAACCCACGCGCCACCCCUGCUUCCACGGGCCGCCAUCCUCGUCCAGGAACUGGAUCUUAUCAUACAGCUGCUUGGUAGUGACAUCCACAGCGGCCGCCAAAAAAACGGUGUCGUUCGUGGACUUCUGAGGAACGGGCUUGCGAGGCCGGGCCGAGCGAGCUCGGGACGACGAAGAGCGGAAAUGUAG